ACAAGCCACAAACAAGCCACAAACAAGCUCCUAAAGUCCGGAUCGGGGCCCCAACACGCGUCCGGGACACGCCGGGGCCGCGCCGUGCCCCCCUCCGUGUGCGCGCCGGGGCUCCGUGACGCGCGUUUCCCCGGAGCGGAGGAGUUUAAAGCCCCGCAGCUAGCCUGGAUUAGCUCGUUUUUUACCUUAGCCUGGCUGGAGGUGUCCCGAGGCGCGGCUCUGAUAAAGCAUGGCAAUGCCGGGCCAGAGCCCCUGCCCCCCCAUGAGCAACCACACCAAGGAACGCGUCAACAUGGCCAAAGUGACGCUGGAGAACUUCUACAGCAACCUCAUCGCCCAACACGAGGAGCGAGAGAUGAGGCAGCAGAAGUUGGAGAAGGUGAUGGACCAGGAGGGACUGCCUGAUGAAGAGCAGAAACGAAUGCGGCGCUCUCAGCACGCUCGCAAAGAGACCGAGUUCCUGCGUCUGAAGAGAACCCGCCUCGGCCUGGAGGACUUCGAGUCUCUCAAGGUCAUCGGACGAGGAGCGUUUGGAGAGGUUCGACUGGUGCAGAAGAAAGACACAGGACACGUCUACGCCAUGAAGAUCCUACGAAAGGCCGACAUGCUGGAGAAGGAGCAGCUGGGUCACAUCCGGGCGGAGCGGGACAUCCUGGUGGAGGCCGACAGUCUGUGGGUCGUCAAGAUGUUCUACAGCUUCCAGGACAAAAUGAAUCUGUACCUCAUCAUGGAGUUCCUGCCUGGAGGAGACAUGAUGACCCUCCUGAUGAAGAUGGACACUCUGAGUGAGGAGGCCACACAGUUUUACAUCGCGGAGACCGUCCUGGCCAUAGACUCCAUCCACCAGCUCGGCUUCAUCCACAGAGACAUCAAACCGGACAACCUGCUGCUCGACUCCAGGGGUCAUGUGAAGCUGUCAGAUUUCGGUCUGUGUACGGGGUUGAAGAGAGCUCACCGCACCGAGUUCUACAAAAACCUCAACCACAGCCUGCCCAGCGACCUCAGCAAACAGACUCAGAACAUGAACUCCAAGAGGAAAGCAGAGACCUGGAAGAGGAACCGCAGACAACUGGCCUUCUCCACGGUGGGCACCCCAGACUACAUCGCCCCCGAAGUCUUCAUGCAGAACGGGUACAACAAACUGUGCGACUGGUGGAGCCUGGGGGUCAUCAUGUACGAGAUGCUCAUAGGCUACCCGCCGUUCUGCUCGGAGACGCCUCAGGAGACCUACAGGAAGGUGAUGAACUGGAGAGAGACGCUGACGUUUCCACCUGAAGUGCCCAUCUCCGAGAAGGCCAAAGAACUCAUCCUCAGGUUUUGCUGUGAGGAGGAAAACAGAAUCGGAGCAGCUGGAGUCGAGGAAAUAAAGACCAACUCGUUUUUUGAGGGAGUCGACUACGACCACAUCAGGGAGCGUCCGGCCGCCAUCCCCAUCGAGAUCAAAAGCAUCGAUGACACUUCACACUUUGACGAAUUCCCCGACUCAGACAUCCUCCACCCAGGUCUGUCCAACUGUCCUCCAGCGACGUCUGUGUCCAACCAAGACGGAGACGGAGCUGAAGAACAAGGACUGGGUCUUCAUCAACUACACGUACAAACGCUUCGAGGGGCUCACCGCCAGAGGGGCCAUUCCGUCCUACAUGAAGUCGGGGAAGAGAUGAGGAGGGGCCCCCGACACCGGCCCCCGACACCGGCGCCUCCCGCGGGCCCCGCACAGGAACUGCUCGCUCUCGGGGGACGGGCCCCUCACCGGGACUGAGCUGCUUUGCCUUCUUCCAAUGGGACUCUUCCGAACACCAGCAUUCCGCUCCGUCGGCUCCCGGGGGCCCGGGCUCCUCUGGGCCUCGGCUCCCGGGGGCCCGGGUUCCCGGGCUCCUCGGGGCCGGACCAAAGGGCUUCCUGGACGUGUUCUUCAGGGAUCUUCUGCUGUGGCUUCUCCAAAAUGCUGCUGUUUGAACCAAAGACUCACAGGUUUCUGCUCACGGCGGCUGGAUGAGGGGUGGGGCGUCUGAUCGCUUGUCACACACACACA